AUGGCUUACGCAGUAGCACCCGGCUGGAUUAUCCUCAUAUGCAUGCUCGUAGCCGGCUUCUGCGUCUGCGUCGGCUAUGCAAUUGCCAGACUUUUGUUGUCCAAGGAGGAGGAGGAGCCGCAAAGGAGUACCGAUCAAGAUAAAUACAUGAGAGAAGUAAGAGCUAGGCGAAUGAUGUACCUCGAGGAAAUCUGUUACGGGCCAAGGAACAAGAGAGUAUAUGGGCAUGGGGCUAACGUUAAACGCGUGUCUCUAGGAACCCUCAUUGGACUCGUAGCCUAUCCCAUAAUACCCAAAGAUCGGAUGAAGUCAGACCUGGGCGCUAGCAUCGCUGCUGGUAACAUUGCGGGCAAGCGAUAUACGUACCGCCUAUCCACACGCUCCUCUGGCCACUCGUAUCUCCACCGCACUAUUCCUAUCGAACAUAACAACCACACUGAGAAAGGUCUCUGCAUCCGUCGGCCCAUGUGGGUUCAAACAGUCGGGAGGGAUUCGAUGCGACCAUGCAUUUGGGUCAUAAUUAAAGGCAAGAUUGUGCUCCAAGACCACGUCCUCAUCAUGGCGCUAGGCGCACUCGCCCAACACUCGGCCAUUCAAUGGGCUCGGAUGCCCUCCCCUUGGAUAACUCCUAUCGCCUUUCGACCACUUGCUGCUAGCGGCGAUCCGUUUGUCCUCAGCUAUAUGAAGGCGUGGGGCGAUGACGUAUCGGUAUACCCUGUUGAGAGCAACGUUGCCUUCGGUGACGUACUCGAAGAGCUGCAUGAAUUUGUUGUAUCGCGCGUUGCAUCAGUCAUCGUGCAAACCGAGCAUAAUGUUAUCGAUGUCGUUGUGUAUGGCCAUCCGGUACCAAUAGUAGACUAA